AUGACCCGACUUGGCUUCCUGCUCUUUAUCAUCCUGGCCACCAGAAGUUGCAGUGCAGUUGAAGAAAAGGUGGAUACCAACAGAUGGGCCAAUCCUGUGUCUUCUUCUCUGUUGAGAAGCUGCAAGGAAAUCAAGCAGGAGAUGAGUGGAGCACAAGAUGGCCUCUAUUUCCUCCGCACGGAGAAUGGUGUCAUCUACCAGACCUUCUGUGACAUGACCACUGCAGGUGGUGGCUGGACCCUGGUGGCCAGUGUGCAUGAGAACAGCAUGGGCGGGAAGUGCACAGUGGGCGAUCGCUGGUCCAGUCAGCAAGGCAACAGAAUAGACUACCCAGAGGGAGAUGGCAACUGGGCCAACUACAACACCUUUGGGUCUGCAGAGGGGGCCACAAGUGAUGACUACAAGAACCCUGGCUACUUCGACAUUCAGGCUGAGGACCUGGGUAUCUGGCAUGUUCCCAACAAGAGCCCCCUGCACAAUUGGAGGAACAGUUCCCUGCUGAGGUACCGCACCUUCAGUGGCUUCCUGCAGCACCUGGGCCAUAAUCUGUUUGGCCUGUACCAGAACUACCCGGUGAAAUAUGGAGCAGGGAAGUGUUGGACUGACAAUGGUCCAGCAAUACCUGUGGUCUACGACUUCGGUGAUGCUCAGAAUGCAACCUCUUAUUACUCACCCAAUGGCCAGAAGGAAUUUAUUGCAGGAUUUGUUCAGUUCAGAGUGUUUAAUAAUGAGGGAGCAGCAAAUGCCUUGUGUCCUGGCAUGAGGGUCACUGGAUGCAAUACUGAAAUUCACUGCAUUGGUGGAGGAGGAUACUUCCCAGAAGGUAACCCUGUACAAUGUGGCGACUUCUCUGCAUAUGAUUGGAGUGGAUAUGGAACUCAUAUUGAGAGCAGCAAUAGCCUGGAGAUAACUGAAGCAGCCGUCCUUCUGUUCUAUCGUUGAGAACUUUGUGGUGUGUGGUUUGGGACCCAGACUUCUCCUCCAGUCUGUGGACUCACAU